AUGGCAGAAAAAGCUCUGGAAUCACUUUCGAUCUCCACCCUACCUUCAUUUCCAUUACCACCUUUACCAGAGAUUCUAGAUACUGAAAUUGCAAGAAAAGUAUACACACAUUCAAGUUUUAUCGCUAGACCUAAAGGAUCUUCACAGCUUUUCGAAUGUGAAGACGAGGGUAGAGACAACGAGAAAUUGGAACAUUUAGGUGAUAGCUUGCUAGAUUGCGCUGUGGUCGGACUAUUGCAAGAUCUGUAUCCCAAUCUCAACCCCGGUGUGGCUACUCUUCUUAAAUCCCAUAUGGUCAAUAACGAAACACUUCGACAGAUAUGUAAAUCAUACCAUUUACAUGAGAGGUUGAUUGCACCUGAACAAGCUUUACCUACUUUGCGAAAUGGAGAAAAAGUAUUAGCGAAUCUAUUCGAAGCUUAUAUAGCUGGUGUUUAUUAUUCUUAUCUGAAACAUGGCCGUAGUAAUCACACCGGACAUCCUCAUUUCCAACCAUUAUCUUCUUCUUCCUCAUCAUCAUCGCCAUCAUCAUCUUCUUCGAGAACUUCUUCACCUGGUAAAGCUGUAACAAGAGGAGAAGCAAUGGACAAUCUUGAGUUAUGGUUAAGACCCUUGUUCACUCCGUUAGCUCAACAUAUCUUGAAUCAAAUGAAAGAAGAACAACGUCAAAGGCAUUCAUUGACUGUUGGUGACAUAGGUGAAGAUUCAGAUACAGAUAGGAAAGCUAUAGGUGCCAACUCAAAAUUGAACCAAUGGUUCACUGCUAAAGAAGGUGGUAUACCAAAUUACCCCCCACACGCAGCAGGCUCGGAAGGUUGGACAGUGAUGUGUGAAGCGACGGACAGGGAUAAACAGAAGUGGUACGGAGAAGCUACUCGCUCAACUAAGAAAGCGGCCAUGGCAGUGGCGGCGUACAAAGUGAUCGUCCAGUUCGAGAAAGUUAGACCAGAAUUCAAGGGGUGA